AUGUCAUCGAGCAAAGAAAUUGUGUUUCUUAUACUUCAGUCUCUUGAUGAAGAGAAAUUUAAAGCGACUGUUCAUCAAUGGAGGUUGGAGCAAGAGUCGGGACUUUUCUUCAACAUCGGAUAUUUUGAGGAACUGGUGAUCAAUGGGGCUUGGGAUGAGGUGGAGAAAUACUUAUCUGGAUUUACAAACGCUCAGGAUAACACUUGUUCCAUGAGAAUUUUCUUUGAAAUCCGAAAGCAGAAGUACCUAGAAGCCUUAGACAGGAAUGGUACGGCUAAAGCUGUCGAUAUUCUAAAGAAGGACUUGAAAGUGUUUUCGGCUUUAGACCAAAACGUUUUGAAAGAAAUGGCACAGCUUCUGACGUUGGAGAACUUUAGAGAAAGGAAGCAACUAUCUCUAUAUGGAGAUACCAAGUCUGCUAGGAGAUAUUUAUUUCAUGAACUUGAAUUGUUGAUUCAUAGUAAUCCCCUGUUACAUGACAAGCUAAAUUUUCCUAACUUGAACUCUGGACUGGGAACUCUAAUGAAUCAAAGUUUGAAUUGGCAGCAUCCAUUUCAUGAGAAUCGAUCUUCUGUAGCUAAUCCUCUAAUGGAUGUUGUUCCCAAAGCAGGGGUUUUUUCGCCUCUAGGUGCUCAUGGUCCUGCACUGGGUCCUCCACCAACAUAUACUGCAGGACCUCCACCAACAUCUCUUAAAGGGCGAAUGGAUGGUCCAUCUUUUAUUCCUCACGCUUCAUCUUCUGCCAAGCGAAUUGGUUUUACUGCAUUUUCAUCUUCUGCCAAGCCCAUUGGUUUUGCUGCAUUUAACAGUGGAGCUGAUGCGUUCUACCCUCAUAUUUGUCUUAAUGUAGCAGCUAUCUUAGAGCGCCCUGGGAUUCCUCCUACAAACAACUCAGCUGUGGUCAAUCAAUCAACAGAUUCUAAACAUGUAUUGGUGAGACAGAGGCCUUCUGAGAUUCCGGAUGAAGUACUACAUAACCGAUCCUCUGUAUUUUCCAUGGAUUUGAAUGGCAUAAAUCAAAGGUUGGCAGAUGAAAAAUCCAGAAUUGCUGAUGAGUUGGUAGACAAAUCUAGGAUGUGGAAACCGACAGAAAUCAGUGAACCAUCACAAUGCCGUUCCCUAAGACUCCCAGACAAUUUAAUAGCAGCGAGGGUUUCCAGAUUGUUGUACACAAAUUCAGGAGCCAUAUUGGCUUUAACAGCCAAUGCUACGCACAAGCUCUGGAAAUGGCCGAGGAAUAAUGAAAACUCAACCGGCAAGGCGACUGCUAGAAUUGUACCACAACUAUGGCAACCUUCAAGUGGAAUGUUGGUGACCAAUGAUGUCAGUAAUACAAACCCUGAAGAUGCUGUUCCAUGCCUUGCACUUUCAAAGAAUGGCGCUUAUGUUAUGUCGGCUUCAGGUGGGAUUGUCUCCUUAUAUCCUUUGAUGACAUUCGAGACAAUUACAACAUUCAUGCCCCCUCCACCUGCAGCAACAUUUCUUGCAUUUUAUCCUCAGGAUAACGAUAUCAUUGCCGUAGGCAUGGAAGACUCUUCUAUCCAAAUAUAUUAUUACCUGUUUGAUAAGGUCAAUUGGAAGCUCGAAGGCCAUCGGGAAAGAAUAACAGGGCUUGCCUUCUCUAAUGUUCUAAAUGUGCUUGUAUCUUCAGGAGCUGAUUCACGGGUAGCCUUCUCUUUUAUGUUAGAAAAUGCACUGUGUGUUUGGAGCACGGAUGGAUGGCAGAAACGAAGGAGUAAGUGCUUGCAGAUUCCGGUUGGGCAAGCCACAGUUCCUCUUACAGAUACCUGCAUACAAUUUCACCAAGAUCAGACACGCUUACUUGUAGUGCAUGCAACUCAGAUAGCCAUAUAUGAAGCACCUAUGUUGGAACAACUUAAUCAGUGGAUUCCACCAAAAGCAAAUGCUCCUCGGAUCACACAUGCUACAUAUUCCUGUGAUAGCCAGUCUAUAUACGUCGGUUUUGAUGAUGGAAGUGUCGGUAUCCUUACUGCAUCAGCUUCAUUACAACUGAGAUGCCUAAUUAACUCCACUUCUUAUCUACCUGCCAAUCCAAGCUCGAGAGUUCAUCCACUAGUCAUUGCGGCACAUCCAUCAGAACCUAAUCAGUUUGCAUUAGGUCUUUCUGACGGCGGAGUUUGUGUACUCCAACCAAUAGAAUCAGAAGGCAAAUGGGGCACCUCUCCUCCUCACGAAAAUUUUGGUGGGCCUAGUAGCACCACCUCUGAAGUCGACAGUUUGAAUCAACCCUAACAAUGAAGUUCCUUGUGCAGGCUUGCUAGCUUUUUUUGUCUAAAAAACCAAGUUUAUAUAUAUAUAUGUCUUUUGAUAUGGUUUUGUAUCUUGCCAUCAACCCUAACUUUUUCAAGGGAGUCUGGCACUUAGGUUUAUAGGAUACUCAAAGCCAUCAUACUAUAGUUAGUUCAAGGGGCGUCAAAUCAAUUUGAAUCCAAGAUACAUAGUGUAAAUCUGUAGAAGGCCUUUGCUUUUUUGUCCUUGGGAGGCAUUUUGUGAAGGGAAUAUGUUUUGGAUUCAUUGUAGUUCACAAGGCAUUUUUGUUCUUUUGAUAUAGUUUUGCAUUUUGUGUUGGGAAUGUGUAUAAUUCUUAUUUCUUGUUCUUUUUAACUCCUCCAUA